AGGAGGCGAAGAAGACUGGUGUGUUCCAGCCUGGGUGACAGAGGCUAGCUGAUGCUGGACUUGAAACCUCUGUCAGAUGAUGGUCUUACGCCUUAUUAAGACUUUUUAGCACUGAUAGAGGUUAUUCUUCUGUUGCAGAAACUCGAUAGGUGGAAUUUGACCUUUUCUAGGCGCGAAGAAAUGACUACGGUCAGAAAGGAAGGCAAAGACACAAUCAUCUUUGUCACCAAAGAGGAUCAUGCAGCACCCAGCAGUGCUGAACUUGUUGAGGAAGAUCCCAAUGACCCCUAUGAGGAGAGAGGCCUGAUUCUUCCCAGUGGGGAAAUCAACUGGAACUGCCCGUGUCUGGGUGGAAUGGCCAGUGGUCCCUGUGGGACUGAAUUUAAGGAUGCUUUCUCCUGUUUCCACUACAGUAAAGAGGAAGUUAAAGGCUCUGAGUGCAUGGACCAGUUCAGGUCUAUGCAGGAGUGUAUGCAGCGUUUCCCAGAGCUCUACCCACAAGAGGAUGACAAGGUGCAGCAAGAGAAAUCUGAAACACAUGAGGCUUCACAAAGCUCUGAAACUGCAGAAAUGUCAGGCACAAACUCUGCCCCGGCCGAAGACUCUAAUACCACACAGUCCAACACAGAGACCUCAGAGGAAAGUUAAUUAUAUGCCUUAGAGCCACACGGCUAGACUAAUAUAAUGUGAUCAGUGAAAAAUCAGCAACUAGCUUUGUGUUGAGGCAGAACAAGAUUGAAGAUUCUUUUAUUUAAUUAAGAGCUUUGUGGACCAAGCUGAGUAUACAAAGUGCAUGGGUCCUCAGUGAUAUCAUGGAGGGAAAGAAUGAACACAUGCAAGUAAUGUCACAGGGGAAGCUGCUUUUUCAAACAUUAGACUGACAUUUCUGCUGCUCUCUACACAAAGAAGUGCAUAAAAUAAACCCAGAACACACAUAAUUUUUUCCCUCUGUGAUGUCUCUGUGGUUCUGUUCACACAGAUGUGUAGUGCAUGGUUUUUUACUUCCUGUAUCAUGAUAAACAGUUUACUUGUCUGUACUGUGUUUUACCGUAUAAACCUCUGAAACCGUAAUGUCACUGAAAGAAACACGUUUUACAUCGGUUUUCCAUUUCAUUCUGUUUGCAUCUGUACCAUUUUCUUAUGAUGAUGAAACAUAAUGCAUUUCACAUUUAGUUAUAGAAAAUAUAUUUUUAAUGUUUCUAAAUAAAGGAGUAGAACUGAAAGGGGCCCAUUCAGCAGAAGUACUGUGCACAUAACUAUCUUCUGUGAAAUCUUUAAUCGUCUGUUUCCACUGUUGCCCGAGACGUAAAGUAAAACAUUUACAUCAGCUGAGCUGAACUGAAUCAUUUGUAUUCAACACAUGAGUGGUUGAAGUGACUUGAAAAAAAUAUUGAGAAUUUUAUAAUAAAAUGUAUUCCAGCUCUGC